AUGACAUCCUCAGACGAGGAGGCAGAGGCUCAGCUUCUAUCUGUGUCAAAUUACUACUUUGAAGAUGACAAAGGCGCACCAGUGUGUUUUUCCAUGUUGCCAAUUCGAUGGAGUGAGUCAGAGAGUCCAGUUGGCAAGAAAAUGCAGAUGUUCUUGCGCGGUUUUGCGGAUAAUGGGCUGCAGAAAAUUUUUGUGCAAGUUGCUGCAUGGAGGUUUGAUCUCUCCUAUGUGAGGCCUGAGAUAUUGGUGCUCUCAAAUAAUGGAAAAUGGAUUAAGCUUGAGAAGCCUAGGAAGAGCUAUGAGGAAACCAUAAGAACUAUUUUGAUCACCAUUCACUUCCUGAGUUAUGUGAAGAGGAAUCCUGAUUCAUCGGCCAAGUCUGCAUGGGAUUACUUGAGUAAGAAUAAGGAGUUUAGAUCUUAUGAAGUUAUGCCUUCUCAAAAUGACGUAUUAAAUCAUAUGACUUUAAUGGGUGAAGCUAUGAAAAGAGAUGCUGGCUUAGCAAAGUCCAAGGUUUAUCCAGGAUUAAGAGGUAAAUUUAAGGAUGAGUUAUCAUUUAGAACUGCCUUCCUUUUGCUCAUGGUGCGGGAAGAUAAAAAUAGGCUGAAGAUUAAGAAACUUUCUGAAGAGGAAGUUAAAGAUUUAGCACGACCUGGAUUUAUAAUUGAUGAUACUGACAAUGACUUGGUUGAUGAAAUUGGUGAAGAAUCAGAUGGGGAGGAUGGGUUGUUUGAUUCUGUUUGUGCGAUUUGUGAUAAUGGUGGUGAACUUUUGUGUUGUGAUGGAAAAUGCAUGAGGUCAUUUCAUGCUAAUGAGGAGGAUGGUGAAGAAUCUAAUUGUGCCUCUCUUGGUUUUAGUCAGAAGGAAGUUGAUAAUACAUGUGUGGAGGUGCUGAAUCCUACUGCUACAGAAGAGAGUGGCAUUAUUGGAGAUGCUGAAUAA